CGUAAAUGUAGGAAAUUGAAGCUAAAAAACAAUUGAAAGCAAGUGAAGGAGCACACUUCUUUUACACACUUAUCUUCCUUAGUGCAUCAGGCAUAAUAGAGACUUAAUUUAUUGAAUAGAAAUGCAAUCAGAAUCUAGCCUUGUUUAUACAUUUGGUUUUCUAUGGCUUAAUAAUUUGGGGAACUUACAUUUUAAUUACUUUAAUACCUAGGUUGAUAGUUCAAUUUAAAUAGAUACAAAAAUCCUGCAAUAAACUUGUUCUUUAAUUUCUUAGAUAUCUGUUUUGCUAUUUACAUAGCCUUUUUAUUAAUUUAUGGAUACAAACUCUAUUCAUCUUAAAAUGAUUGUUAAACUGAAGCUCCUGUUCUUUACUUCUUUUUAGAAGUAUUUAUGCUGGUAUGAUAUCAUUAAUCAAUCAUAAAGGUCAAUGGAAUCAUUUUCAUCAUAUUGGGUCUCGCUUUUAUUUCAUAUAUCUUGAAGAGAUUCUCCAAACAUUAACAAUCAUAUGCUUAAGGAGAAGAUGAAUACUUAAAUGAAUGAUAUAAUUACAUAAUG